AUGAAGGCAACACUGAAAUACUUGGCAGGAAUUGCAGGCCCAAGUGGAUAUGGUUCAAAAUCCACUGCUGAACAAGUAACUCAAGAUUGUUUGUUAUCCAGGCCUUCGCCUCUCACUGCAAUUAUCACUGGGGCUACAUCUGGCAUAGGUGCUGAAACAGCAAAAGUUCUUGCAAAGAGGGGUGUAAGAAUAAUUAUUCCUGCAAGGGAUUUGAAAAAGGCAACUAAAGUGAAGGAAAAUAUACAAAAGGAGUGUCCAAAUGCUGAGAUAAUCUUAUUAGAGAUAGAUUUGAGUUCAUUUGCCUCAAUCCAGAGAUUUUGUUCUGAGUUCUUAUCUUUGGGACUGCCACUUCAUAUCCUCAUAAACAAUGCUGGUAAAUAUUCACAAAAGUUGGAGUUUUCUGAAGACAAAAUUGAGAUGAGUUUUGCCACAAAUUACUUAGGUCAUUUUCUUUUAACAGAAAUGCUGUUAGGAAAAAUGAUAGAGACUGCAUCAGAAACUGGCAUCCAAGGAAGAAUAGUGAACGUGUCUUCUGUAAUUCACAACUGGGUUAAAAGAGAGAACUUUUGCUUCAACAAAAUGCUCAAUCCAAAAAGUUAUAAUGGCACUCUUGCUUAUGCUCAAACUAAACUGGCCAACAUAUUGCAUGCCAAGGAAUUGGCCAAACAGCUCGAGGCAAGAAAAGCAAAUGUUACUAUCAACUCAGUACAUCCAGGAAUUGUGAAAACUGGCAUCAUCAGGGAUCACAAAGGCUUUAUCACAGAUUCAUUAUACUUUAUGGCAUCCAAGUUGCUGAAAUCAACAUCACAGGGUGCAGCGACGACAUGUUAUGUAGCUUUAAGCGGACAGGUGGCAAAGGCGAGUGGCCGGUACUUUGCAGACUGCAAUGAGAGCCAUUGCUCCGCCCUAGCAAAUGAUGAAAUUGAAGCACGUAACUUAUGGAACCAGACACGUGCUUUGAUACACAAACAAUUCGUUCAACCGUGA